AAGAACAGGAUGAAAACAACAAAGGAGAAGAGUGCUUGAAAUCAGAAAUGGCUUACUUAAGCAUUUUAUUACCUGUUAUAUUCCUGACAACCUGAGUGCUGCUUUAGGCAUGGUAGGAGCUCAGUAAAUACUUUUGAGGAACUUACUUGGGAGUGGGUAAAGAAAAGCCAAACCUCUCAUACACGGUACCAUAAUGCAAAGAAUGGAACGGGCAGACAGACAGACUCAGUCACAAUAAAAUAGCAGCUAACAAAUUUUACCUCCAACUGUACUGAUGCUCAAACUUUCUUGCAUUUAGUCAUGUCAAAGCCUCAGGUAAAAGUUUUCCCUGUAGUCUCGCUUAAUCAACAGUGGCUAACUAUGAAUGGAAAGUCCAAGAAUCUGGAGCUGCUCAGGCCACAAGGCUGGGUGUCACAGCUGGUCUUCAGUAUGCACCAGAAUCCUGAAGUAGGCUCUAAUGCCGGUGAAGGAAUGGACCUGCUAGGGAGAUAUCAAACUGCUUCCAUGACUAGAUGAAUGGAAACUCAGUGAUUUUUUAGCUAAGAGCCGACAAGGGGUUGUUCUUGGGCUUCGUUCUUUGGAGCAUACUCUGCAUUCUUUGCACAAGUUUUCCUGCUAUUAAAACCUGCCCUGAAGUUUUAAAAAUGAAGCAGUUGAAAAGGAAAAGGAAAAGCAAUUUUAGUGUUCAGGAAACUCAGACCCUUUUGAAAGAAAUUUCCAAAAGGAAGGAAGUCAUUUUUUCCAAGCAACUCAACACAACAAUAAAUGUGAUGAAGCGAAUGGCCUGGGAGGAGAUUGCACAGUGUGUAAACGCUGUAGGAGAAGGCGAACAGAGGACGGGGACUGAGGUGAAGAGACGGUACCUUGACUGGCGUGCACUCAUGAAAAGGAAGAGAAUGAAGGCCAACAUGAAGCUGGUUGGUUCUGGGUUUCCUCUACCCACGUCUGAUUUAGACGAUUCUCUCACUGAAGAGAUAGAUGAAAAAAUUGCAUUCCGAAAUGAUGCAAAUUUUGACUGGCAGAAUGUGGCUGAUUUCCGAGAUGCAGGUGGAUCCCUAACAGAGGUCAAAGUGGAGGAGGAAGAAAGGGACCCACAAAGCCCAGAGUUUGAGAUUGAGGAAGAGGAAGAAAUGUUGUCAUCUGUCAUACCAGAUUCCAGGAGGGAAAGUGAGCUCCCUGACUUCCCUCACAUUGACGAGUUUUUCACCCUCAAUUCCACACCGUCCAGACCCGCAUAUGAUGAGCCUCAUCUGCUCAUGAAUAUAGAGAAACAGAAACUGGAGCUGGAAAAACGCCGACUGGAUAUUGAGGCAGAAAGGCUGCAGGUGGAAAAGGAGCGGCUCCAAAUAGAGAAGGAGCGCCUGCGCCACCUGGACCUGGAGCACGAGCGCCUGCAGCUGGAGAAAGAGCGGCUGCAGAUCGAGAGAGAGAAGUGGAGGCUGCAGUUGGUUAGCGCUGAGAAACCCGCCCUAGAGAACGAUCUUGGCCAGGGGGAGAAGUCCAUAUUACAGCCACAGGACAUAGAAGCAGAGAAGUUGAAACUCGAGCGAGAGCGCCUGCAGCUGGAGAAAGAUCGGCUGCAGUUUUUGAAGUUUGAGUCUGAGAAGCUGCAGAUCGAAAAGGAGCGCUUGCAGGUGGAGAAGGAGAGACUGCGAAUUCAGAAAGAAGGGCAUUUGCCUUGACUCUUCUCCAUCCUCUGCUUAGCAAAGGUUUAUGAACUGUAGCUUUCCUCAUCAGUCCAUGUAAAUGUAGUUGGUGAAUUAGCUACCCCAUCGCCACCCCAGUCUGAUGUUAGUGUUUUUAGUAGGAAAAAAAGAUAGUAACACAUAGGUAGCCAUGUAGUUCAAUAGUAUAUUGUAUAAACCCUGUGCCCACCAUAAACAAAUAGCAGAGGAUCUGCUAGACUUUCACAUUAGUAAUACUGCAUAGAGUCCUGUCUUAUUUGUGCGCCCCAAGUUUGCAAUAAUGUCUACAGUGAAGGGCCCACCCAGUGAUUCUCAAGUGGAGUUUGGGCUCCCAGAAGACAUUUGGGAUUGUGGGGAGAUGUUUUUUGGUGGUCAAUGUAGAUGGGUGUAGGCUUCUACUGACAUCAGUAGAGGCUACAGGCUCUGCUAAAUACCAUGUAAUGCCUGGCUUUCCUCUUCACGGGAAAGAAUUACCCAACCCAAAGUAUCACUAGUACCAAGUUUGAGAAACCUAUCCCUGGCCUAACUGUGCACCUAUAGCUAUCUUCUAAAGUUUUUGAAUAUUAAAGCUUCAGAUAUUUAUGUGCGUAGAUGUUUAAAUGGCCAAAAGCAUAUUAACUGUAAGACAUUACUGUGUAGUUUAUUGAAUAUAGGGAGUGGUGGAGAUUGUAGGUACUUUAUAUCCAUGGUGUUGUCAAUCAGUAGAAUGAGACUUAGAAGUAAUCCUGGGAUUAUCUGAGAUUGUAUAAAAUGAAUCACUUUGAAAGUCAGUCCCCCCUCAAGAAUGAAUAAGCAAUUGGAAAGCUUUAGGUCCCCCUUCUUUAAAUCUGUUGUUGUAGUUUGAAUAGAGAGCUUGCCAUUUCAGUCAUACACUGAAAUGUUAUAUAAGAGAGUGGCAGAAGCUAGUAAAAAUUAUACCAGUGCCAAAUGGUGACAGUAGUCCAUGAUGGUGACCCAAUAAAUUGUUGAUUGAUUUUUUUUUUAAAGU